CCAUAUUCUCUGAUUAUCUAAAAAGUUUUUGUCCAUUGAACCUUUCAAAUAUUUGUUGUUGUUCUAAGAUCAAUCAAUUCCUCAAAACUUUUUUAUGAAGAAAAUAUGGAGAUAACAAUAUCCCAAUUGUGCUCUCGAGUUAAGUUCUCAUCAUCAUCAUCAUCAUCACUGUUCUGUUUAAAUGGAAACAGUAAGAGGAAUCAAAAUGGAGCUGUUUCAGUAAAUUGCUUGAAAGAGAUUAAGCAGAUCAGUAAUGUUAGCUUCAUCGCAAAGAAACCGAGAAGUCACGCGCCGGUGGUGAAUACAACACGCGCCUCCUCGGAUGAGAAUCAGUCCCCAACUUCCGGAGGAGAACGGUGGCUUCUCCAACCAGUUGGGGAUGGAGACACAAGACACAUUGGUUACAAAGUGGCAAUGCCUGCUCCUUUUGAGAUCUCCUCUGGCCAAGUUACCAUUGGACGUCUACCGGAAAAGGCUGACGUUGUGAUUCCUGUGGCCACCGUGUCAGGAGUCCAUGCGACAAUCAAUACAAAUGAAGACAACCUUCUUGUGACGGAUAUGAACAGCACAAACGGUACAUUCAUCGAAGACAGACGUCUGAUCCCUGGUGUUGCUGCUCCUGCCUUUCCCGGAACCCGAAUCACCUUUGGUGAUACAAAUCUAGCGAUUUUCCGCGUUUUCAAGCUCCAAGAUAGUGAAGAAUCCACAGAGAAACCAACCACAGAGUAACAUACAAAACCUGAAAACUGCUUCUGUUUGCUUUGCAAUUUGACCGGAAUUUGUAGAAAAUUCUAAGUUGUUCUUACAACAUUGUUGAAUUGUGGGUAUAUAUAUGAAUAAUAACUUUAUAUA